AAAGCCACUGGGUUGCAGGGUAAGAGUAGUCGUUUUUAAAAGGCCCCUUUUCCAGCCCAGCAGCUAAAACUAGAACAGAGAAGUUAUUGUUUAUAUUUUUAUGACACAUAGUAUUAUGGCUGUACAUUAAAGACUGAAUGAGGUCACUUUUAUACCCAUUUUGUCUGCAGGUGAGCAACCUCACGGUCAAACUCAUUUAACGACUUGCCGUUUUACCGUUCUACCAUUAUACCUGUUUAUGACCUGGUUGUGAUGGGGAUGUGCUCACUGUGUAAUAAAGAGGCUGAGUCAGCAGAACCAUGGUGUAUUUAAGCAGAACUCAUUCAUUCCCUUUCUUCAACACCAGGCCUUUAUCUGACACCUCAUCGUCUCUCUGAUCAACACCUUCCUCAUUUCACCAUGGCUUUCUCUGGCAAGUGGGAGACUGAAUCUCAGCAGGGAUACGACGAGUUCUGCAAACUUAUUGGUAUCCCUGAUGAAAUCAUUGAAAAAGGUCGGGACUACAAGAUGGUCACCGAGGUGGUCCAGAAUGGUAACGAGAUUUCAUGGACUCAGCACUACCCCGCCAACCACAGCGUCACCAACAAAUUCGUCCUUGGCAAGGAAUGCGAUAUGGAGACCAUCGGAAAGAAGAAGUUUAAGGCCACUGUCAAUCUGGAAGGGGACAAACUGACAACACAGUUCCCAAACUACUACCACACCGUUGAGAUCAGUGGAGGCAAACUGGUCGAGACCUCCUCAGCUACCUCAGCAAAAGGUCAAGUGGUCCUGAUCCGCACCAGCAAGAAAAUCUAAACACAUCACUUGUGUAAAAUUUUAGACUUGCAUCAAUAAACUGCUAAAUAAACAAUAAAAAUUUA